AUGAUCUGUUCCGCGCUUACGAGUUCUGUUUGGAAUGCUGCGAGUUGGGGCUUAGAGCACCCGGGCUCUCGUCAGAUAUGGGAAAGUGUGCUCUCUCCAUUAUCAGAGAAGCAGAACGUUUCGACAAGGGUUUUGUGCAAAUCUUUCUGCAACUCAACACUGAAGGAAUAUUAUAAAUCCCCGUUGCCAAAAUGUCAUUUUUAUAAGUUUUCUCGCCAGGUGCUUUCUUUACUGUUUAUGUCCAAGGAGACAGAAACAUCACAACCCGUUGAAACUGUGAUGUCUGUGUUGCGAACUGUGGCAUGUGAAAUCAAGGUUGAACCUGGAGCAAAUUGGUUGGAGUUUCUUGACUUAGUCUCCUAUUGUGUUCAUGAGUCUCUGUUAGCAGGAGACGUAUGGUGUGCAGGAGUUUCGAAACAGUUGAGUGAGAUUGCAUCUAAUUACUAUAACUAUAAGGCUAUACCACAAGCUAAUCUGAUUCUAAGACUUUAUUCAGCUGGACUCCCCGUACAUGUGUUUGAUGUUAAGCUGAGAAAAAUUGUUAGAAAAAAGUUGAGGCUUGAAGCUUUACUUGGUGACGAUGAGAUAUGGAAUAGCUCAGUUUCUUUAUGGGGUUUGAUUCAGCAUUACCACAAAGACGCCGUGGAAUACACGCCACCUUACCUUGAUGCUCUGAAAUUUUUGUGCCAGCCUCUUGCUAGUUUGAUAAAUUCCGAGAAGAAAAAGAUGGUGCCGGGAAGAGUAUUAACAUGUUAUACUGCUCAUCUAUCUGUUAUACAGGAUAUAUUUCUCCAAUUUUGUCAUGGUUUACGUGAAUUUCAGAGAUGGACCCAUCACAAGGAAUGUAGUGGGACUGACUUUAACAAGACUCUGCUAAACGUGGCUAUGGCUGCUUCUUUCAUUUCGAUGAGAACCCAAUAUAGAGUAGAGAUCACCGGCCGUCUAGUUGAAGAUGUAAUUGCUAGUCCGUGGAUUUCACCUCCAGACCUUAAAUAUCUAUUAGCUUCAUUUCACGAUAUCGGUGUAGCUUUCUACAGUAUGAAGAACCUUGGAAAGGCUUCCUUGGCGUUCAAGAUAUGUAUUAGAACAGUGUGGACUUGUGUUAGACUCCUCUGUCAGAUACAUCAACAUGGUGCACCAGAAAUCAACAAGUUGCUUGUGUUUAUCCUGGAGAACUGGUCUGCAGCUGAAGCGCUCAUCAAAAAUUUGCCAGACCCUACACCGAUAGCAAAACAAUAUGUUAAGACACAACGCAGAGAUCAUGAGAUUCAGAAAGAAGAAAAAGACUUGAAGCAAACUGGGUUUUAAAAAGCGCGACUUUUUAGUGCCAUGGCGCAAGGCGCACCUCUACAUUCUCGUGUUACUUCCAACUUCUUCACAAAUGUUAUUGCUUUGAUCACUAUAGACUUGAGUUUUGUUUUGAUCAUCUUUUACUCUUCAGUUAUCUAUCAUCAAAAAUUAUCAAUUCUCAUGGCAAAGUAUACAACAUUAGACAAGGG